ACCAAUACAAAAAUGUCCGCCAUCAAACUCUCCACCUCCGCUCUCCGCCCCAUCGCCGCGCGUCGCAUCGUCCCCGCUGCUACUGCCCGCACGACCGCACCGGCAUUCACCCAGAUCCGCUCCGUCUCUUCCAACGGCGACGAACUCGGUGGCGUCAAGGGUUCAGAGCCCGCUACCAAACCUAACCGAUACAACGUGAGAGCCGGAACAAUCACUGCUGUUGGUGUUGUGGUUGCUUUGGGGUAUAUGUUUUAUAGGAAGGGGGACAAGAAGGGUACGGCGCCGCUGGGUGCUAGUCAGUAGACUAAGGGAUUGAGUCGUUGAGGGAAGGGGUUGAUGGGAAGAGAACUGCGAGGGGGGUUGGAAGGAUGGGAUUGAUUGGAAGGCACUGGAGGGAAGGGAAUUGGAAGGGGAUUGGGAGGGAAUGCACUGAAAGGGACCGGAAGCGAGUGCGAGGAGGACGGCGAAGGGAUCGCUUUUGCACACUGAGUGCUGCUUGCGCAUGGGAUUGUGCAGGGCGUGUGCAGGACGAUAUGAGACCUAUGAAUUAUGAAUAUAUUGCAUCAAAGAC